GAGCCUUAGCAGCUUGCACUUUCGAAUUUGUUCGGUGAGAAAUAGAUUAAUAUUCCACAAUCUCGCAGCUUCGAAGAAUGUCCAUAUAUACAGACACAUCGAUAUUGCACUUGAUGUAUGUGGAAAUUCAAGAAAAUGGGAUGUGUUUGCAGUAAGCAAAUAGGAGGAAGAAGGCAUGAAAACAUUUCGCUUCUUGCUUCUCAAACCGUUUUUAGCGAGGCCGAGGUUGAAGUUCUACAUGAUUUGUUCCUCAAACUCACUUCUUGUCUCAGCAACCAAAAUCUUAUAACCAAAAUUUUCGUAUUGUUCGAUAUGAGAAACGAUGGGGGCAUAGAUUUCGGAGAGUUUGUACACUCUCUCAACGUUUUUCAUCCAAACUCAUCCCAAAGAGACAAAGCCAUAUUUGCAUUUCGAUUAUACGAUACUCGUCAGACUGGAUUCAUUGAACCGGAAGAGGUGAAAGAGAUGAUAAUAGACGUUUUAGAAGAAUCAGAACUGAUGCUGACCGAGAGUAUCGUUGACUCGAUUGUGUCUAAGACAUUCGAAGAGGCAGAUUGCAAAAAAGAUGGGAAAAUAGAUUUGGAAGAAUGGGAGAACUUUGUUGCCACAUAUCCUUUGACGCUCAAGAACAUGACCAUCCCUUUCUUGAAGGACCUAUCAAGAUUGUUUCCAGGCUUUCUUCAGUGAAUCUCGGAUAUUGAGGUGCAUGCAAAUAUCAAAUGGAAAUAAAACACAUUUCACUAAAACUAUGGUUGUUUCUUGUUUUGGGGUAAUGAAAGUAUCUGUUGAGUAUCACCGGUGCUUCUUAAAGUUAUACUUUGAAAAAUUUCUUCUUAUCAACAAGGUCGAAGACCUACUGAAGCUGCACUAAAUCACUUAUCUAAAAGAAAAAUGUCAAUGUAAAGACUUCACAAUAUAAAUCUGUUUCUUUCGUUUCAUUAAAACAGAACAUCGUUGUUUUGUUUGUUGGUGGAGUGAUUGUGUAGCAAUUCUGAAAUAACAGUAUGAGACAAUCUAUUAUUAUUUUUAUGAAAUGUAAGUUUUAUUUAAA